GUUUAGCCUUCUUAGCUGCCCACUGAAGCUCCAAAACCAAGCUCAUCAUCCAUUUGAGAACGAUGGGGAAGUUCGCAUACCUCGCCGUGGAGCCUAACGCCGAUCUCAUUGAUUCCGAUCUCAGGGAGGUCGCCGGCGCCACCAAGAAGCUCUUCAACCAUGCCUUCAUUCUCGCCGGUGGUAUCAGCUUUGGAACCACAUUUCUCAAAUCUAUCGCUUCCUUUGCUGCCAUAUAUUUGUUGAUUUUAGAUCGAACAAAUUGGAGAACAAAUAUAUCAACAUUUCUAUUAGUGCCUUAUAUUUUCUUCAGUCUUCCAACUUUACUCUUCUCUUUCCUGAGAGGUGAGCUUGGGAAAUGGCUUGCAUUGGUAGCUGUUUUAGUGAGACUCUUCUUUCCAAAGCACUUCCCAGACUGGCUGGAGUUGCCUGCAUCAUUGAUCCUUCUUCUGGCCAUUGCCCCAGACUUAUUGGCUCAUAGCAUCAGGGACAGCAUUCUCGGACCUUGCACAUGCUUCUUUGUAAGCUGUUUCCUGGUACAAGAACACAUACGAGCAUCAGGUGGUUUCAAGAACUCAUUUACAAAGAGUCGUGGACUUUCCAACUGCAUCGGUCUUGUUCUUAUUUUGAUAUAUCCUACCUGGUCCAUGAUCUUGUAUUUUAUCUAGACUUCAAAGAAUUCAUCUCCUGCAUAUAGUUUUGCAUUCCUUGUAGAAGCAUCAAUUUACUCCUUGUGCAUUCAUUUAUUUGUAAGACUUUGAAUUCGUUCUCUUCCUUGGUUACUUUGGAAAUGCAGUUGAAUGCCUGUUUAUUCCCA